UCAGAGGCGGUCGGGUUGUCUGAUUUUCUCACAGCCAGAGCGGAUAACGAAAGCGGAGAACCAAAUCGAAUAGAACGGCGGACAACACACGGGAUAUAGCCUACUUCAGGGGUUGAUAGAUUGUUUGCAUCGACCGUCCGUGCGUCAACUAUUUGGAAGCGCCAGGAUGUCCAGUGAGUUGCAGCCCAGCUCGAGGCCGGACGACAGUCCCAACACCAGUGGAGGCAGCUGGGACACAGAGCAGAGAGAGGUGGCCCCUCUGAGUCAGGAGCAGGCUCAGGAGAGGGAUCAGACAACGCCCAAGAAGAAAGAGGCCAAGAUAUCCAGCAAGACCGCUGCCAAGCUCUCCACCAGCGCCAAGAGGAUUCAGAAGGAGCUGGCUGAGAUAACCUUGGACCCGCCACCUAACUGCAGUGCAGGUCCAAAAGGAGACAACAUCUAUGAGUGGAGAUCUACCAUCCUGGGACCACCAGGCUCUGUAUACGAGGGAGGAGUCUUCUUCCUAGAUAUCGCCUUCACACCUGACUAUCCCUUCAAACCACCCAAGGUGACGUUCCGUACCAGGAUCUACCACUGUAACAUCAACAGUCAGGGUGUGAUCUGUCUCGACAUCCUGAAGGAUAACUGGAGCCCCGCCCUUACCAUCUCCAAGGUGCUGCUGUCCAUCUGCUCCCUGCUCACUGACUGCAACCCUGCUGACCCUCUGGUAGGAAGCAUCGCCACCCAGUACACAACCAACAGACCAGAGCACGACAGGAUAGCCAAACAGUGGACCAAGAGAUACGCCACAUAGACACACAAGACUGGGUCGUAUUCAUUAGGGACUGAAACGGGGAGGAACUACUUGGACUUGUCCAAUAAGAAACGUUAAUUUCUGUUUCCCGUUGCAUACCCUAAUGACUACAACCCUGAGCAACAUGAGAGGGGGAGGUGUCACCCUUAUAAGAUGACUCUGGGACGGUUGGGGUCAGGAGUGGGAAGAUUUUUAUCUUGGAAUUUAAGUAAUCUCCUGAUAUUGUUUAUGGUAUUUUUUAAGUUCUCGGCCCGUAUAUUAUAAUGAAGAUUUUGGUAAUAAUGCUUUUCUAUGUGUUUCCUUAACGUUCUGUAAAUGAUGCAUUUUUUGCUAAUUGUGCUUUGAAAUGAUAUUAAUUUUACAAAAUUGGACUGCUUGUAUAAAGGUGUGUCACACAGCAUGAUUUCCUGGUAGGAUUCCAAAUCUCAUGUCAAUUUCACGGAUAAUAAAGUUGCCGUUGGUGUAA